AUGGUAGAUGUUACCAUCACACUCAGCACUCCGGGACUACACACGGCCCCGGUCGACGAAGCCGUGGAGUAUCCCUUUGAAGGAGAGAGCGAUACUCGCACUCAGCAAGCAGCGCCACCCGAGACGGCGACGAGGUCCAACAUGGUCUGUCAUACAACUCAGACUGACCCUUUGGACGACGAGAUGGUCACGCGGGUCAAGUCCUCCACAGGACGGUCCCGGUCACCGUCUCCGUCGAGAAAACCAAGAGCACUCAAAGCCUGGACCGAACAGAUUCGCAACCGGCUGUCGAGCCCACAAAGGCACAGAGUGGGACCAGUAACUAUCGACUCUACAGGGAUCCAUCUAGCUCCUCCGACCAGUGAGUCGCCGUUACGCCCUGCCACGCCAGCUGCGGAUUUGUACAGAGGUCAAGAAGACGGUAAUUUUGGUAUGACCUUUGAACAACCAGAUCAUCCCCACCUGCGCAAAGGUCGCAAACCUCUGUUUUGCCAUCAAAAUUACGAAGAUCACAAGCACAGGAUGAUGAUGGAUUGGGUCGAAAGACGAGGAUGA